AUGGACUCAUCUAACAUGAACUCAUUCGUGCAAUAUUCUGUUUGCAAUCGCGCCUACUCCUCUCCUAAAGGCGGGUACCACCACCAAGCCCUGCUGGAUCAGCACCAGGGCUUCCACGCUGCCCCCCAAGCACACAUUAACGUGUCCAGGGCUUCACUGUGCACCGGGCCGCUGGGCUACAACGUGGACUUGUACGGCGGCGGUGACGCCGAGGGCUCGAAUGAGUCGGCGGGGGCAGCGCAUCAUCAUCAUCAUCAGCAGCAGCAGCAGGCGCAUCAUGGCUACCAGCAUCAUCUUCACGACGGCCUGCAAGGUGGAUUAUUCACGUCCUAUCAGAACGGAACCACUGCUAACACCGGGGGGGCGUACGCGGAGCAGGCCUGCACCUCGAACACUGAGUACAUGACAACCGCAGGCCCCCCCAACGCCAUCCAUGCUCAGUAUUUCAUGGAGGAGUCGAUGCAGGCCUCCUCCACUUACUAUCAUCAAUCAGCCUUCCCCGCCUCGGCCCCCGCCGUCGGGCCAAGCUACGGGACCUUGGCGGGGACCUACUGCGGGACUCAGGGCGCCCAUUACCCGCCUCAUGCUGGCGCGGGCCUGGAUGCGGUGGGCUACCUGGGGGUCCCUCCCGCGGGAGGAUACGGAGAGGUGCCUGUCCCCCAGGAGCGGGAGAGGGGGGACGAGGAGAGCCUGCAAGCCGGACAGGGACAAACGUUUGACUGGAUGAAGGUGAAGAGGAACCCUCCUAAAACAGUGAAAGUGUCGGACUUGAGCGUGGCGGGUAACAACGUGAACGUGAUGCGCACCAACUUCACCACGCGGCAGCUGACCGAGUUGGAGAAGGAGUUCCACUUCAGCAAGUACUUGACGCGGGCUCGGCGCGUGGAGAUCGCCGCCACGCUGGAGCUGAACGAGACGCAGGUGAAGAUCUGGUUCCAGAACCGACGCAUGAAGCAGAAGAAGCGCGACAAGGAAGGCACGUCCGCCUCCACGCGCACCUCUUCUUCCUCUUCUUCCGGUGUGUACCGCAACGGCAGGGCCGCCAACAAGGAGCAGGACGACACGGACCAAUCCUCUUCGUCCGCAUCACCGCAAGCGUCUCCAGACUCGUAG